AUGGAGAGGCAGCUCGAGGGGGAGGCGGAUCUCUCAACCGCUGGCGGCAGGCGGCUAUGCGGCCCAGUCAACGACGACGAGGACGAGAUGAGAAUUUGCGACGCCGUCGACGAGGUGGAGGGGUCCAACUCGAUCCGCCCGGCGGCACAAGGGGAGACGCUCGACGACGAGGCGCCAGCCGCGAUGGCGGCAGGCGGCGAGGCGAGCAGCAGUGCCCCAGGAGGCGAGACGGUCCUUGGGCGGCGCGUGCGAGGGGAGGCGUUCGACGACGAGGCGCCGACCGUGAUGGCGGAAGGCGACGAGGCGAGCAGCAGUGCCCCUCCAGCGGCGAAGAGGAACAGAGGCGGCUGCGGCGAAGCGGCGGGCGCGGCAUGCCGAUGGCAGUGCGAACGAUGCGGUUGCGAUGUGUUCUGCUUCAAGAUCGUGGCGGUGCUUGGCAUGCACUUCUGCGAUCCCAAUCAGCUCAUCGCAACGAAGCAGCGCAACUAG